UCGUCGUAGAGCUUUAGGAGUUUUAAUCCCCUUUGAAAAGUUUGACGGCAUCGGAAAAUAAACUACAUCAGAGAUCGGUGUUAGCUCCUUUAGCAUAGCGCGCUAACAAACAUCCGGAAAACAUGGCGGUGCCCUUGAGCAGCGCAGGCAGCGUGAGGCUACUGGCUGCUGUAGCCAGGGCCGGAUCUUUGUGCAGCUCCUCUGGAAGCAGAGGCCUCCACGUUACUGCAGUUUGCUGCAAGAAUCGAGCAGCUCGUAUCCGAGUGGGGAAAGGAGACAAACCUGUGACCUACGAGCAGGCAUUUCACCCUCAUCACAUCGCCCACCGCAAAGGAUGGCUGUCACUGCACACCAGUAACCUCAAAGGAGAAGACGGAGCGGCUGAUCGCACCGUUGAGGACACGUUCAUCAGGAGAUUCAUGUUCGGCACCUUCCACGGCUGCCUGGCCAAUGAGCUCGUGCUCAAAAGGCGCGGCAACCUGCUCGUCAUAUGCGCUAUAAUGGUCCAGAAGAUCCACCCACAGAAGUUCUACUUCCUGAUCGGCUACACAGAGACGAUGCUGUCGUACUUCUACAAGUGUCCCGUCAAGAUAGAGAUUCAGACGGUGCCGGAGAAAGUUGUGUACAAGUACAUCUGAUGGAACUGUGUAGGGUUUAAUACAGUGAUCAAUGUUUCCUGCACAGCUUCCUGCAUUCCUGCUCACUGAGUGACGCCACUUCCUGUUUUCAGUUAUUUAAACUUGCAACAAUUAAAGAAAAUAAAAUCA